AUGUCAAUGUUGCAAAGCUCGCAGCAGCGCAGCAACCAUCCAGGGGCCCCCGCCCUCAGAGGGUUUAGGGGGCCCCUCUCACUCGUGCUGCUGCUGCUGCAGCUAAUAUUGCUGCUGCUGCUGCUGCUGCUGCUGCUGCUGCUGCUGCAGCUCUCUCAAACCCGCCCCCAAAAGCGCUGCUGUUGGGGGCCCCCCGCCUGCCCCUUCCUGCCUUGUGGGGGCCCCCAGGGGCCCCCCGGGGGCCCCCAAAAGAGCCCCUGGGGGCCCCCAGGGGCCCCCAGGAUCCCCAAAAGAGCCCCUGGGGCCCCCGAAAGGCCCCUGGGGGCCCCCCCGGGGGGCCCCUGGGGGCCCCCCUGGGGGCCCCCCUGGGGGGCCCCUGGGGGCCCCCCGGGGGCCCCCGGGGCCCCGAAAAGGUGCAGGAGGAAACUAGAAAGGGGGGGGGGGGCCCACGGGGGCCCCCGCGAGCUCGAGAGCAGCAAGAAGUUCUGCUGCAGCAGGAAGGGGCGGAAGGCCCCUGCGGUGUCUGUCCAGUGCACUCCAAAUGAGAUCUCUUUCGUAAUAAAUCUCAAAAGCUCCUGUCUGCAGCAGCAAGCUGCUGCAGACAGCAGCAGCAAGGAAGACAGCAGCAACGAGCAGCAGGCGGUUGGCCUCUGCUGCAGCAGCAGCAGCAGCGGCGCGCUCGCGCGGCAGCAGCAGCGGCAGCAGCUGCCGCGGCAGCAGCAGCAGCAGCAGCAGCAGCCAGCGCGCCCCACUCACUGCAGCAGCCAGCAGCUGCAGCAGCAAACAGGGACUGUAGGGCUGCUGCAGCACGCGGAAACCCUCCAAAGUCCCCAAGUGGUAUUCCAAGAAGCUUUUUAG